AUGGCAACUUUUAGAAGAACAAUGGCAGACUGUGGCCUUAUAGAUAUGGGGUUUGUGGGUAGUCCUUGGAGUAAUAAGUUUACCAAAGAGAGGUUGGAUCGGGGAUUUCAGACUACACAGUGGAGAAGUUGUUUUCCUUACAGUAGGGUAUUAACUCUAAACCCGACUGAGUCCGACCAUUGUCCCCUCCUACUCGAUGUUAGCAAGGAGAAGCUGCAGUAUAGAAAAGUUAAGAGGCUUUUCAGGUUUGAAGAAAUGUGGCAUGGUAAUCCAGAUUGUACCAACAUUAUACAGAGGGAAUGGGCGGUGCCAUCAACUGGAAAUGCUCUAACACAAUUAUGUUGCAAGAUAAAGAAAACAGGACAACAACUCCAACAAUGGCAUAAUAGGGAGUUUGAUAGACAGAAAAAUGAACUUCGUAUCUUGCAGGAAAAGAUGAAUGACAUUAUGAAAAUGCCCUACACUCAGGAACAAUAUGAAGAACAACGUGCACUUCAUGUAAGACACAGUCAGAUCCUCACUCAGCAGGAAAAGUAUUGGAGGCAAAGGUCUAGGGCAAUAUGGCUCAAAGAUGGAGAUAGAAACUCGGCCUACUUUCAUCGUAGAGCUAGCAACAGAAGAAGCAAAAACUUGAUUCGGGGUUUGGUCAAUGAAUAG